GUUCUUUGUAGCGCAGAAGAGGCAGAUAGGCAAUGAUCUAGAGGCAGAUAGCUUUCCUUUUCUGGCUUACGAUCAUUUACAUCGAUAUGCGGAGGUCUCUAGGCCAGGACAUGUUGCACAUGUCGAUCUUCAUUUUAAUAUGUUGCAAAACGGUGUUCUUUCGCUUUUUGAGCCGUCAAUGACCUACACUAGACACGAGAAAAACACCCAGACGCCACCCUACAUGAUCACCGAUGAUCUCUCUACGCCAAGCUCUUCCGGCUCCGGGCCGCCCCAACCGCCGCCGCUUCCGCCCCCACCGCCGCUUCCGUCCAACGGCCUUCUCUUCGUGCUGCACCCGACCCGAUGGGCUGCACGGCGGGACGGGCGCAUGAAGAGCAGAAGGCGGCCAGUCGGUGGUAUUCCAAGGUGCUGCGGAAGGGACCUCACAUGACGAAGUUGAUGGAAAACCGCGUGCGCUAUUUGCCGUUAGAGAUCAGAGGCGCCUGCGUGUUGGUGAAGAUGGGUGGUAACAGAUACCGAAUCGACAACAGCAAGCUGAAUGACCGUGCUCAUGGCGUGUGUUUUCGAUUGUCAAAGAACAUAGAAGACCGAGAUGAUGAGCAUAUCGCUUAUUGGAACGACUACGUUGAUGGAGUGGACACAGGAGACGGAUGGAUUUCCUGUGACAUCGAUGCUAGAGGCUUGGAAUAUUUGGAGGACAUGGAAAAGGAGACGCCUCUGGAGACCCUCGACAAGUCUCUGCAACAGCUCGGCCGACCCACUUCCAAGAGCAGGAUGAUGAUCGUCAGCAGUAGCAGUUCGAAUGUGGAUGGGCGCUGGAUCUCCCGAGGCUACGCUGGGCAAAAGCUCAUUGAUGGUGAGCAUGUGCAAUAUGGUGCUGGCUUGAGCACCACCCUGGUUUGGGAAGGCCUUAACAGCUUUUCCAUUGACGUGGGCGGAGAGCGCCGACGGGCACGGCUCAUCGAUGAUAGUCUGGUGUGGAACGAUGGAGAUGUCUGGACGCGCGAUCCGCGCGAGACGAGGACGGUGAAGCCGAAGGAACACUGGGGCGACGCGUUGGAGCAACUGGAGGCACCCUUCACGGCUGUGUGCCACAAGGGCCUGAAGCCGGGAAGUCCUAACCAGGACGCUUGGUCGGUGCUUCGCGUGGAACAAGACCUCUCCCUCUACACCAUCUUCGAUGGCCACGGACCCCACGGCCACGACGUGGCGAACUUCGCCAAGAACGUGCUGCCGCGGCUGCUGGCGGCGGAUUCGAGGCUCUGGACCUUUGGCUCUCUCAAGGAGACCUUCACCGGAGCCUUCCGCUGGCUCCAUCAACUCAUCGAUACCAGCGAUGCCUACGACAAGCUCAACGCCCGAUGGUCCGGUUGUACCGGCUCAGCGGUCUUGCAUGCGCCCAACGGCCGGCUCUAUUUGGCGCACGUGGGAGACAGUAGCGUGGUGGUGGGCGGCCUCGAAGGAAAAGAGGUCACAGCCACACAGCUGACGCGCGAUCACAAGCCGGAGCUGAAGGAUGAGAUGGCGAGGAUCAUCGCGUCGGGAGGUCUCAUUGACUUCGAUGGCUUCUCCGACUACCGCAUCUACAACAAGGAUGGCUAUGGCGCCGGCUUGAACAUGACCCGCUCCCUGGGCGACCUGGAAGCGCAUCGCGAGACGGGCCUCAUCGCCGACCCCGAGUGUCGAGAGUACCAGUUGGGCCCCAAUGAUCAAGUCUUGCUCCUUUGCAGCGAUGGCAUCUGGGAGUUUAUGAGACCCCAGGAGGCCGUCGACCUGGUGCUGCGUUACCCUCAAAGCCAGGCCUUCCUGGCAGCUGAGGAGUUGGUGAAUGAAGCCAAACGGCGCUGGAUCCAACAGGCAGAGUACAUCGAUGACAUUACUGUAAUCGUGAUCCACCUCAAUCCCCGUGAACGUCGAUCUGCUGCAAUGGCAAGUGGUGGAGCCUGAGUCACGCUUAAGCGUGACGGCAUGGCAUGGGUUUUGUGGGCAUGUGUAGCUUGCCAUAGCCAACUGCAUAGUGUUUAGGCCUUUUUAGGCCACCUUUGUUAACUGUUGCAUCGUCCAACUGUUGCGCGGCAUUUGCAAUUGGAUUUCAAUGCAUCUGAAUCUUUGUUAAUGCACUUUGUGGCUGCGACCAAGAGUGUUGCACCUCGAAGGAGAUGUAGGAAUUUCACGGCUCAUGCCUGGCUCAGCCCUAAUUCAUAGUCAUUGGCCGUCCUCAGGGAAUGAGCUCAACGAGUUGCCUAGAACCAAAGCGAUCUGAUUCUUUUCCCCACUUCGCUGCGUGGCGGAAAAUCGCACCGAA